UCCCUCUCCCCACUUCACCCCACCCCUUCCCCUCGUCAUUUUCCACUUUUACCCUCCUCCCCAUGUACAGCGCCUACUCCGCUGCGGCCCUCUCCCUAAGGGCAAAACCGUCAUUUCACUGCUCCUCCCUCCCCCUCUCCUCCUCCGACGACGAUCACCAUUACUACCACUACGACGAGCUCGACCUCGCCCUCGCUCGAAACCCUAAUCUCCUCCUCCUCCUCAACUCCCACCUCCUUCGUCCCCGCCCCACGCGAAUCCACUGGACCCUUUCUCGAACCUUCCUCCCCUCCCCGUCGCCCGCGUGGAGGUGGCAGCGCCGACGCUGCUGCGUCGCCCGGAACCCUAGCGCCGAGAUCCGGCCCCAUAUCUGCUGCUGCUGCGAGGGUUUCAGUCUCGGACGUCCAAGGUUAGAGCUUGAUGAGAAAACUAGGGUUUUGAGAGGGAGGGAGGAGACGUGUUCGUCGGAGAGCGAUGAGGGGCUGUGGCGGAGGAGGGGUGGAUUUAGGGUUUUGGAUCGGAAAGGAAGAGAUGGGUAUGAUUGCUGUGAAGAGGGUGACAGGGUUCGGCAACGAGAGAGGAGGGAUCGGAAUUCGAAUGAUGGAGAGAGGGUCUCGAGAAGGAAGGGGACGAAGGUGGGGUGUUCGAAGAAAUGCCGAAGAGAAGAUACUGAAGAUGAUGAUGAGUACGAAGAGCGCGAUCUAGUUGGGAAGAGGUGUUCGGAGAAGGGAUUGAAGAACUCGAAAAGGAAUUCGAGUUCUAGAGGAGAAGGUUCGGCCUCGAGAGCGACUCGCUAUGGUGACGUUGAUGGACGGCAUAUCAAGCGAGGUCAAUGGAGAUUGGAGGAUAGUGAUGAGAGGUUUUGUUUGUCGGUGGAUUCGGAUCGAGAGGAAAGAGAAGCUUACGCCGACGAAGAGGAAAGAUUCAUUAGAAGUGAUUCGAGGGAAGGGUUGUCUCGGAAAGUUAAGAGGGCAUCCGAGGUGGGUGGUGAUUAUAGAACUAGGGUUUCUUCUUCCAAUUUUAGGGGUGAGGAUGAUGCGACGAGGAGAAUGGAUAGGAUAGACGAGAGAGUACAGAGAGUACAAAGGCGCGACGAAGUAGAGAGAAGCUCGCAAAAUCUUAAGGAGAUACGAGAGGUUUACGACGGCGACGUCGAGGCGGUGAAGAGGGAUAAGAGAAGCCAAAUAAAUCAGAAGGCGAUUGAUGAGACAGAGAACGAAGUCGUUGCAACGAGAGUGGAUCACAAAGUGAGUUUCGCUUCGUCUUCUAAGAAGAAUAGCGAAUUGAAGGAGAGCUCGCAAACUCUUAGAGACAUAGCAACGCUGAGAAAUAGUAAUCUCGAGAGGGAAUCACAUUCUAAAAGGCAUUUCGAGGUUUCAUCUAUCUCGGCUCGAAGAGACACGCAAGACCAAACAAAUCGAAAGGUAGUUAGCGUCGAGGACUUGGGGAGGCAGAAUCCAGCUCGUACAAAUGUUUCUCGGGUUAACAGAAGCGAUGCGGAGGUCGCGAGCAACUCACAACGCAUUCUUCGGAGUCAAGCGGAUAAUUGCGAGCACUCGACUAAAGUUGCGAAUAUUGUUCACGAGGAGAUAGAAAAAGCAGAACAAAACAAUCAACAAGUUUUCGAUCUUGCGAGGACUGGUACAGAUGUAAAGGCUCAAAAGGCGCAUAAUGCGAGGAUAGAGAACGAACAUGGCAAGCGUUGGAAUAGUUUCAGAGGAGAAUCGAGUAGUAAUAUCGAAAGGGAUUACAGUUCGAGACUAGAAAACCGAAAAGACAACAAAAUUAUGAUGAUUCAGGGAGAGAAAGAGACCCAAAGAAGCGAAGCGAAAGGGGUUAGUCACCGGAAAUUAAAUUCCCAAAUGGCUUCUACUGGUAGCUUCGUAAGUGCUUCUAGCUCACAAGCUCAUGAAUUUGAUAGCCGAAUUAAUAGAGAUGAGAUUCAUUUACUCAAAAAUGAUGCUUUAGAGAAGUCCUCUGCGUUACAUCAAAAUCAAACAACUAUUGGUAUGCGAACAAAUGUAAUCGAUCCGAUGACAAAAUACAAAGAAGAGAAACAUGUCGAAGAAAGUGGUAGGAGAUCUUCAUCUACGUCUAGGUUCAAAGGGCCGUCGGAUGAGAUGUGGGAAAUGAGGAGCGCCACCUCGGCGGAAAUGUUCAAUACAGCUCACGAAUCCGAAGAGAAUUCCUCAUCUGCUGGGACCGAAACUGCACGAAGAAACCCUAAAUCGCUGUGGACUUUUGUUGCAGAUAUAAUUAAGUUGGGUUGGACUAGAUCCGAUGGUUCGAGUAAGAAAUCCGGUAAGAGAAGCUCGUCCAGCGAAUCUUUAAACAGCGCGAAUUCUUGGUUGUCGGGCGAAGAGCAAGACGAAGAGGAUGAAGAGAUGGAUAAGAACAGAUAUAACGAUAAAGGCAAAGAGCCAUUACUAAUAGAAAAACCUAGUGUAAAAACCGCCGACCGAUCAAUAGCAGAGACCAAGCCAAAAGAGGAGCUUGUUAUAACGGAACCGCCCGAGAUUGCUGCAAUUUCAGGGAAAGAAGCGGAGUUGAAGAGGAGGAAGCUGCAAAGGACCGAUCAGGUAGUUAAAGAGCGUUUUGACCAGUGGGAAGAAGCGUAUAGGAUCGAAAGGGAGCAGAGAAAAACGGAUGAGUUUUUCAUGAGGGAAGCUCUAGCGGAAGCUCAGAAGGCCGCGGAUAUGUGGGAGGUUCCGGUUGGGGCAGUUUUGGUGCGAAAUGGAGAGAUCUUUGCUCGCGGUUGCAAUCUAGUUGAAGAGCUCAGAGAUUCAACUGCACAUGCUGAGAUGGUUUGCAUACGCGAAGCUUCUAAUUUUCUACAGAGUUGGCGCCUUUCGGAGACGACACUUUACGUUACACUCGAACCUUGCGCAAUGUGCGCCGGAGCAAUCCUUCAAGCUCGGAUCGACACCGUGGUUUGGGGAGCUCCAAACAAACUAGUUGGAGCUGAUGGGAGCUGGGUUAGGCUUUUCCCCGGGGACGGAGAAAAUAACGACUUCGACCGAUUGUCGAACAAUACGGCGGGUCCCGUCCAUCCAUUCCACCCGAAGAUAACAACACGGCGCGGAGUGCUCGCGACCGAAUGCUCGGAAGUGAUGCAGCAAUUCUUUCAACUGAGAAGGAAAAAGGACAAGAAGAGCGAAAAGAAGCUGGAGCAGGAGCCGGCCCCGCCGCCACCGCAUCAAUCAUAUCUACCAACUCACCCAGUCAAGUUCUUCACCAAAGUGCAUGGCAUCUUCUCUAUGAUGUUUUGCUUGUAGCCAUUUCUGAGGUUUCCUUUCUUCUCUUUUCGCCCAUGAGUGUGGAAUUGUAAUAAACUAGCAUGGUCUUUUCAUCCUUGAUGAUUCUAGCUUCUAUGUUAUUGUAUCAAAAUGGAACUAACUCUUAGUUCUACUAACCCUAGCAAUGCGAAACUGCGUUUCGCAUGACUUCUGAUGCAACUUCUCUACAGUAACUGUCGAGUGUCUUACAAAGUAGAAAUAUGAAGCUCAUGCUAGGGUGGAAAGCUAAAAUAAACUUUUGAGCUCCAAAAGCAGUAGUAUUUAUUUAUUUAUUUUCUCAA